CGGCAAGUGGACAGCGCCCACAGCCUGGGUCACCCGCGCCUUCGGCGAACACGGCUACGCCAUCGCCUCCGUCGGCUACCGGCAGCAGCCGCACGCGAGCAUGGCCGACAUGCUCGGCGACUGCCUCGCCGCGGCGGCGUGGUGCCGUGCGCACCUGCCGCGCCUGGUCGGCGCGGACGCCGACGCCUGGGUCGUCGGCGGCUCGAGCGGGGGCGCGAGCCUGGCCUGCCUCGUCGCGCAUGCGCCACUGCACGCCGCCGCGCUCCCGCCCCCGCGCGUCCUCGUCGACGUGUACGGCGCGCCCAACGCUGCAGACGACUACCACCACAACCCGUACCGCAAAGUCGCGGUGGAGGAGUACUACGUCGCGGACGACGCCGAGCUCGCGGACGCGCUCGCGGACCGCGACCCGCGCAACGCGGUCACACAGAGUCCGUGGGCGUACGAGAUGCCCCCCGCCGUCCCGCUCGCCGAGUGCCGCGCCGCCCUCGGCGUGCCGGACUUUACGCCGGCCCGGCACCACUUUGCGCGCAACGACUUGUGGAGCUACGUCGCGAAACACAGGCUGCUUAUGCCCACCGUGUUCCGCCGCGAAGAACAUACGCCGCGCACGUAUUGGGCCCACGUCACCGCACACUCGGCGUACCACCUCCUCGACAGGGCAGAGACGUACCCCGCCACAUUCAUACUCCACGGCACGGCGGAUGUCGACGUCCGCAUACAGCAGUCGUGGGAGUUUGCCGACAAGCUCCGCCGAAAGGGCGUGCCCGUUGCCGAGGUGUAUCCCGAGGGCAAAGGGCACAUGUUUGAUUUCGAGCUUGUGACUCCCGAGGACGAGGGGUGGGACGAGUGCAUCGAGGCGUGUUUGGACUUUGUGGACGAGCAUAUUGGCGUGGGGGGUGGCGAGGGCAGCGGGGAUAGGGGUGGAGGCGGCAGGGAGAGUACUGCGUUGUUGAAUUAAACACCAUCUCAUGUUGU